GCCAUAUAAUGUUAGAAAUGGUGGCGGAACCAGAACUCAAAACGAAGAUGCAUAACAUAACCGCACGGUAUCGAAAAGAAAAACAGAAAAUUGGAACAGCUGGUGGUUCACUCUCGGAUUGGGAUCUCUACAAGGAAGUAGAAUCGUUGUUAGCCCCAUCUAAAACCUACAACUCCGAAGGACUUGUAGUUGAUAGUGUAAAUAAUAUAAAUACAUCUGAAUCCCAAACAUCACUAGAAGCAGUGUCACCAUUAACAACUACUACUAAUUAG